AUGUCCCAAGAAUAUUGGGCGUAUAGACGAGAGCAAUACAGGCGGUUAUGUGAUUUGGUCGAUACAUUCGAUGAAAAAAUAAGCCAUUUUGUUUUGCUUUGUUAUUGGAACCAUUUAUUCUUCAUCUGCAAGCAACUAUUUUUGAACUUAAGGCCACAACCAACCUACUAUCGCAUGAUAUACUUCUGGUACUCUUUCAUUUUCCUCAUGAUGCGUGCAUUUUUCGUGUCAUUCACUGCGGCUGGCAUCAACGAUGAAUCCACAAAACCUAUUGAUAUUUUACGAUCGAUGUCAUCUUAUUCGUGGAACAUUGAAGCGAGACGCUUUUUUGAUGAUGUGACGAAUGAAACGAUUGCCUUGUCUGGAAUGAGAUUUUUUUUCAUAACUCGAAAAAUGAUUUUGAGCGUAAUUGGAACCAUCGUCACAUACGAGAUUAUUAUGAUGCAAUUCCAUUCCAGUAACUCUUACGUAGCAGUUUGUCAAUCUUAA